GCAACAAAUAACUGUUUAGCGACGAUAAUGUGGCCAUCACCCAGUCUCGUGUUUCAUCGCGAGAUGUGAGGAUGCGGGACUUCCCGUCGGUGGGCGGAGACUGGUCACAGCGGAGAGCAGUCGGUGUCCAGGUGUCUGCGCUGGCCGCGUCUCUCUCCGCCUCUGACGGCUACGCCUCACAGCGCCGCCCGGGUCGCGGUACGCGAGCGACGGAACGCGCCGCGGGUCUGUUGGACUCGGCGUGUCCGCCUCCGUUCUCCUCGCGUUCGCGCUCGGAGUGGUCUUCUCUGCGGGGGGGAGCGAGCUAGCCCCUCAACUGACUUCAAAGACAGAAAGCAACGUUUUUCACUGAGGGCGAAGUUGCUGUGCGGCGGCGGAUGUCUCGACGCCUCCCUCGGCGGUCGGAGGCCAGCUGGAGACGGGAGUCGGGUCCGUGGCAGCAGUGAUGCGGGCUUCGCUGGCGGGCUGCAGGAUGAGCGUGGGCGCGCUGCUUAACGGGCUGCUGGUCUCCGUGGUCGCCGCUCUGCUCUGGAAGUAUUCCAAGCUGAGUGAGCACGCCGCCCUGCUGGAGGAGGAGCUGCACAUGACGCGGCAGUCCCAAGAGCUGUCCCAGGCCCCCAUCGACUACCACGUCGCCCUGCAGGCCCUGCAGGAACAGGGCACCCGCAUGGUCUGCACCGGCAAGAUGCACACCGACCGCGUCUGCCGCUUUGACUACCUCUGCUACUGCUCCGAGGCGGAGGAGUUUGUGUUCUUCCACUCCAACUCCUCGGUCAUGUUGCCAAACCUGGGCUCCAGGCGCUUCCAGCCGGCCCUUCUGGACUUGUCGUCAGUAGAGGAUCACAACACCCAGUACUUCAACUUCUUAGAGCUCCCGGCCGCUGCUUUGAAGUUCAUGCCGAAGCCGGUGUUCGUACCGGAUGUGACUCUGAUCCUGAACCGGUUUAAUCCGGACAACCUAAUGCACGUGUUCCACGAUGACCUGAUCCCGGCCUUCUACACCAUGAAGCAGUACUCUGACUUAGAUGACGAGGCGCGGUUGGUUUUUAUGGAGGGGUGGAGCGAAGGCCCUCACUUUGACCUCUACCGGCUUCUCAGCAGCAAGCAGCCGCUGCUCAAAGAGCAGCUGAGGAACUUUGGGAAGCUCAUUUGUUUCACCAAAUCUUACGUGGGCCUGUCCAAGAUGACCACCUGGUACCAGUACGGUUUUGUCCAGCCGCAGGGGCCCAAGGCCAACAUGCUGGUCUCUGGAAAUGAGAUCCGACAGUUUGCGACGGCUCUGAUGGAGAAAAUGAACAUCACGAGGGUGGAGGAGGUGGAGAAGGAUAGAGGUAGUGCCGAGGAUGAGAAGGAGAGGAAGGAUGAUUACGUCGUCGUGUUCAGUCGCUCGGCAACGAGGCUGAUACUGAACGAAGCUGAGCUAAUCCUGGCGCUGGCCCAGGAGUUCCAGAUGAGAGUGGUCACGGUGUCCCUGGAGGAUCAGUCCUUCCCCGGUAUCGUCCAGGUGAUCAGCGGCGCCUCCGUGUUGGUCAGUAUGCACGGCGCUCAGCUCAUCGCGUCGCUCUUCCUCCCCAGAGGGGCGACCGUGGUGGAGCUGUUCCCCUUUGCUGUGAACCCAGAACAGUACACCCCGUAUAAAACCCUGGCCACCCUUCCGGGAAUGGACCUUCACUAUAUCUCCUGGAGGAACACUAAGGAGGAGAACACCAUCACCCACCCAGACAGACCCUGGGAGCAGGGGGGCAUCGCUCACUUGGAGAAGGAGGAGCAAGAGCGCAUACUGGCGAGCCGAGACGUCCCCAGGCACCUGUGCUGCCGCAACCCAGAGUGGCUCUUCCGGAUCUACCAGGACACGUUGGUGGACAUCCCCUACUUCCUGGAGAUCCUUAGAGAGGGCAUGAAGACAAAGCCCAGCGGGAAGAAGUCAAAGCCGGCCAGCACAGUCCACCCGGGCCGGGUGAGGGAGCCGCAGUGUCAGACCUCGGUACAAACCACUAACGAGGCUAAACUCACAGUUUCCUGGCAGAUCCCAUGGAAUCUGAAAUACCUAAAGGUGAGAGAGGUGAAGUACGAGGUGUGGAUCCAGGAGCAGGGAGAGAACACCUACAUGCCUUAUAUCCUUCCCCAGCAGAACUACACGUUUUCAGAAAACAUUAAGCCCUUCACCACCUACCUGGUGUGGGUCAGGUGUAUCUUCAACAAGAGCCUCCUGGGCCCCUUUGCUGACGUUCUCAUGUGUAGGACCUAAUGCAAACACCACACCAGUUCAAUCAAGCUGGAAGAUGGGCGCGUUUGAUAACUGUUUGUCCAGUGGAAGUUGGCACAUGUGACCUGGCAUACCUUUACUGUCCUGCAGUGAUGCUCCUCGGCCUGCAGAGACGGCGAGGACCUAGACCCCUGACUCCGACCUCGGCCCUUAAUGAACGGAAAGAAAGUGCUUAACCACGUCUUUACCGAAAACAAAAAACAAAUCUGGAGAUUUAUUUAUGUGCAAAUUAUAUAUAACUUGUUUUUUAGUAUUAGUCAAAACACUGUUUCUUUACCUUUUUUUACGCAAUGCAAUAUGACGUUCCUGUGGAGAGCGAGGAGGAUUUUAGAAUAGCAGGUUUUUUUCUGACUUGUCCAAUGUUGAAUGUGUGUGACCCCCAUGUGGCUGAGUUCACCUCCCAGGUUUUUAAUGAUAUGCUCCAUUAUUUGCAGAAUCUAGCCAGAACCAAAGUUACAUUCUUCUGUCAUUCAUGACCUUCAUCACUCCGUCAUGUUCUAGAUUGCUCAUACUUCUAAUGUUUGCUAAGAUUUCUACCCUUCAAGGUGUUCUCAAGAAUGCCUCUUUAAUGUAAUUGACCCUGAAAGCAAAGCGAUGUGCAGUUGCAUUUUAUGGAGCACUUUGUGACAAAAAAACCUUGUUUCCUAACAAGCCGUUCUUUAAAUUGUUCCCUUACAUAUCAUAAAUAUAACAGCAAGUGUUUGUUUCCACAGGGCCAAGCCACGAAUUACUUAACAGCCAUUUGACUUCAUAUAUCAAUUAUUUUUCUCUAAUUAGCAGUAAUUCCAAGUGUUGUAAUUAUAAUUAGUGUGGGUAGUGAAUCCAUUACGCCGGCUGUAAUUAGUGGAGCAUCAGUGUGCUGCCGGACCGUCGGGUCGCGCGGCAGCUUCAUUAAGAUAACAAAGUGUGUUGCUUCGAUUCCACUGUACAACAAAUAAUUCUCAUGAAAUUCCCAGCCGAGUCUCUCUUCACUUUCCUCAAAGGUUCUUGUAGCUGCUGAGAAGAAUGUUGAACUUUAGUUUUUAACAAGACAUCCAAAGUUGUUUUUUGGAUGUCUUGUUGCUGCUUGUUAGUUGCUAGACGGAAAAAUGUGUUGAUUUCUCUUUGUUUCUCUUUGUGAUGACACUUGAAUUGGAGGUGUUGGUUAUUGGGGGGAGGGGGGCCGCAACUGCAAGUUAAACAAAGCCCGGCCAUCAACAUGGGUGAUAUUAUGCCUUUGAUACAGAGGUGUGGUGUUACUUUUUAUAGAACCAGCGUGUUCUCACUCCCAACUCAGCAAAUAUUGGGGGUGAGAACACACGGCAGUAACCUUAUGUCUCUUUUUACAAGUCAAUCCCAGAACUGACUUUCAGCCAGGAGAACCCUGUUCUCGUCCCGCGUGAAAUCAGCUUUGACUUAUUUAAACUUGUACGUUUCAUAGCUAAAGUACUUAUUAAAACCCCAAAAGGGAUACAGGGACGAGUUGGGAGCGUGUGGCUAUGACCCGAUCCUCUACCUCACAUCUUCCUCUCGUCGUGUUUGACUGUGUGCCGCCACCGAGAGCAUUUUCUCUACCGGACAUCUUUAAUCCUUUUGCUUUGAUGUUCUCAAAUGCAGUUGUGUUUCCCAAUGCAUGUUUUAAAAGAUCAUUUGAAGCCCUUGUUGUGUGAGCAGGAUGUGAUGAAUUAGACAUGGUUUGUAUAGUUAUUUAGAUCUGUGUGUGGAGACGUCGUCUUGUGUGCUAGGUUAAAGGAGCGAGUACAAGCCUCUGUUUUCUACAUUAGCAAAUAGUUUCUUGUUCAGUAACUGUGAUUGAAUAAAGAAGCUCUUUUCCUACAGUA